GGCCCGAGGAUCUGCGCCUGCCCCUCUCGCAGGCUGGGCCAAUCCAGAGCCACGAUCCGGGGAAGCUGGCCUGGCCUCAUGAAUAAUUAAUAUGCCAGAGCCUGUCCGCAGGCGGGGUAGCGAUGGAGGGAGGCGGGGGCGCCGUUGGGCGCCUGCGCAGUAGCUGCCCGUGUCGGCAGCUGCAGCGGGUCGCACGGCUCCGGCCCAUCUCGAGGGGCGGGCGGGGGAGGCAAGGCGCGCAAGCCGAGUCCGGGGCACGAUGUCCGACGCGGGCGGCGGAAAGAGGCCGCCUGUGGACCCGCAGGCAGGACCCGGUCCGGGGCCGGGGCGCGCAGCUGGGGAAAGGGGCCUGUCGGGGUCAUUCCCCCUGGUCCUGAAGAAGCUGAUGGAGAACCCCCCGCGCGAGGCGCGCCUCGAUUUUGUUUCUGCAGAUAAGGAAAAGGGGAAGGAAAAGCUGGAGGAGGACGAGGCCGCAGCCGCCAGCACCAUGGCUGUCUCAGCCUCCCUCAUGCCACCCAUCUGGGAUAAGACCAUCCCAUAUGACGGCGAAUCUUUCCACCUGGAGUACAUGGACCUGGACGAGUUCCUGCUGGAGAAUGGCAUCCCCGCCAGCCCCACCCACCUGGCCCACAACCUGCUGCUGCCUGUAGCAGAGCUAGAAGGGAAGGAGUCUGCCAGCUCUUCCACAGCAUCCCCACCAUCCUCCUCCACUGCCAUCUUUCAGCCCUCCGAAACCGUGUCCAGCACAGAAUCUUCCCUGGAGAAGGAGAGGGAGACUCCCAGUCCCAUCGACCCCAACUGUGUGGAAGUGGAUGUGAACUUCAAUCCGGACCCUGCCGACCUGGUGCUCUCCAGUGUGCCAGGCGGGGAGCUCUUCAACCCUCGGAAGCACAAGUUUGCUGAGGAGGACCUGAAGCCCCAGCCUAUGAUCAAAAAGGCCAAGAAGGUCUUUGUCCCCGACGAGCAGAAGGAUGAAAAGUACUGGACAAGACGCAAGAAGAACAACGUGGCGGCUAAACGGUCACGGGAUGCCCGGCGCUUGAAAGAGAAUCAGAUCACCAUCCGGGCGGCCUUCCUGGAGAAGGAGAACACAGCCCUGCGGACGGAGGUGGCCGAGCUACGCAAGGAGGUGGGCAAGUGCAAGACCAUCGUGUCCAAGUAUGAGACCAAAUACGGGCCCUUGUAACCCGUGCCCCCGCCCGGGCGGGGCACUGCCUGCACCUCAGACCUCUGCCUGGGGGCUCCCUGAAACCCCUCACACGUGUGGAGACUUAUGACUCGUCGUGGGCUCAUGGUGGUGCACCUGCUGCAGGAGCGGCCACGCCUCAGCUUCAUUAUACCACGGCCUGCGCACGUGGCGACGUCCCUGAGGGGCCAGUCUCCUCACUGGUGGGAAACGCAAGAGAAUCUGCGUAGAUGGGUGACUCAGCCUUAGUUUCUAUUCUUGGAUGUCCCAGUUGAAUCGGAAGGGGACCUCUGGAGUACACACCUCUCUCCUGGGCGCUCAGGGUCCCUGGACUCUCCCUCAGUCUCCAGCCUGGGCUGCCGAGGGCUAUCUCUGCAGAAUGAGUUGUGAUCAUUGUCACCCUAUUGUCUUCUCAGGUAGCAGGGCGCGUUUCCACUCAAGGUGUGUCUGUCACGCACCUCAUCCUCCCCAGACGGUCUUUGAGUAACAUCUGUUCCCAUCUUCCUUGGAAGCAGGACACACCAGCUCCUCCGUCAGUGUCUGCAUGGGUGGCAGGCUGUAGGAGUGGGGUCUCUGCACAGCCUGGGAUGGGGCUUGGGGCUGGGGCCUGCCGCAGAAGUGUGCCCAGCCUUUCUCAGCUCCUGCACCCCUUUUCCCUUAUGGCUCUGAGGCUGUCGGCUCUCUCUGCAUUUCAUUGGCUGUGGAGGAGAGACUCCUAGGAUGGCUGCUCUCUGAGCCCUGAGUGCCAGGGCUGAGAGAGGCCUUUUCAUUUCCUCUCCAAGCUACUCAGAGGCCAUCUGAAGCUCAUUUGUCCCACUAGACCAGGCCUCUGGGCCUGCUCUUUCUUUCCACCCAAUGUCCAGUCUUGGAUCAUAGAUUUAAAAGGAAAACUCCUCUUAUCUAGGAGGCUUUUACUUCCUGGACCCCAGGAUUCACCUUCCUAGUGGUGUUUAGAAAAUGCCUCCACAGCCCCCUUCCACCAUGGGCACGAGAGCUGGGGUGUGUUUCUCGAGAAGCUCCCUUUUUUCUUGCUCUGCUCACUGGUGUGGCCUGGCUGGAGUGCACUCUCCCUGGGGGCAGCUAGGGCCUCACAAUUCUUGCUGCAGGAUCCCUCCCAUGUGAGCUGCCCGGAGGGUGUCAGCAGGGCAAGACACCUAGUCUAGAGUCACCAAGGUCACAGUGCCACUUUUACAGGAUAGCAGGCUCUUGGGACGUUUACACAGGCCUAGGGUCCCCUCAGCCUUGGUCCCAGGAGAUACGGGCCACUCAUGAGGCUGGCCAUGCUGUGGCUUCUCACAGCCUGGUCUCCCCUGCCUCACAACGACUCCUUUCUCUUGUGUGGCGAGACUCGCCCUUUUGCCGUGCUCAGAAGAUUCACUGAGGAAAUUCAUGGAAGCCUCUGCUCAUUUGGGUCACUGGGACACCCCUGAGAUGGGUGUGUUUAUUUGCUCAGGGUGGGCAGCCUGUGGUGAAGAGGAGACAGAGGCGAUGGGUGUGCUUCGUCCUCCGUAACACUGGCUUUAUUUACCGUGGUGGGUCAGAGUCCCGGGCUCCGACCUCUAAAGACUUCAUAACAGAUGUUAAGACCAAGCCGUGGACCUCACCCCAGGGGAAUGCCACGGCCCUUCGGGGACCUGCACACCCACCUCUCCGGGGGACUUGACAAGGGGCCCUGAGGCCAAGGGAGGUCACUCCUCCCUCCAGGCCCCUGACUUUUACUUUGUGGUUCUCUAAAAACCAUGUAGACACUUUCACUCUAUUGUAACCACACAGGGCAGGCGCAUCCAGCAUGUCAGUGUCCUGCCCCGGGCAGCUCUCCCUCCCGGGCACGCUCCCUCUGGCCUGGUGGAUCACCAAGAGGGCGGUUCUUAUUUUGUUAUUAGUGGAAGAGCCUCGAGCUUAAAAGCUCUUCAUUUUCUUUGCCGGAAAGUAUAUGGUUUGUGUUUUUGCAGUUUUAUUUUUUUAAGGAUGGACACUAAAUCUCUGGUGUCCAUGUUCCGAGCCCGGUGGCUGGGAUGGUGGCUUGAUGUCUCUCCUCUUUAUCCCGCCCUCUGCCUGUUUGGUGCCCUCCCUUCCUUCCACCAGGCAGUGGGUAUCGGGUUCUUUCCCAAAGUGCUUACUUGGAAAGAGUGCGGCUGCUGGACUCUUUUCGAAAUGCCCCUCUGAGUCAGGAGCCUGGUGGGAACAAGAUGGAGGAUGUCCAUAGAGGCUGACCUGUGGGGGAAAAGAAGUGCUCAGGUAAGGUUGUCUCCUCUCCUGUCCUAAAAAUCCAUGCUUGCAGGAGAGGGUUGGUGCCUGCUCAGUUUCUAUCGAGGGAAUGGGAGUCUGCUUGGCUCCCUCCUGGGCCCUCUGCUUCUUGGAGGCCGACUGCCGGAGACUGAGGCUCCCGUGCUUGGAACUUUGACAUCUGUAAAUCACUGGAGGCUAGAGAAGCUGACUUUACCUUGGCUUUCUGUGGGUUCCCGAUGGGCUUGGAAGUGCCAUCUACUUCCUAAGCAUCCUGUCUAAAGCUUUGUGGCACCCUCAGUGCAACCUCAGAACAGACAAAUCAUGAAUGAGCUGGAACUUUGCAAGAAUAUUCAUAUUAUAAAUGUCUCAUCUGAUGGAGGAACAUGUGCAUUUAGAGAGAGGGAGAGUUUUCAAGGUUUACAGCAACUUUGUGGAGGACCUGGGUACCUCUUAUCUUUGGCCAAAGGAAGAGGUUUUCCUGUCUGGCUUCUGAGGUUGGAGGGGGCACUUAGCAGUGAACCUUAAGUCUGGGUACAUGUAACCCUGCUGAGAGGGGCUGUGCAGGCCACUCCUACGGUCCUCUGGCCUGAGGCAGGGUGGCAGGCAUGCAAGCCAGUGGGGGAAAACCCCCAGAAACUGGGCAGCCCUCUACCUGGACCCCGGGAUCCGUGCUCCUUGGAAUGCCAAGGGCUGAGGAACAUCUGGUUUUCAUGGCAAAGCUCUACCCCAGAGCUCCUUUAACAUCUGCUAAUUAAGUGCAAUAAAUUUUUCUAGAAAAUGGCAAAGAUGACUUCCAGGUGGAUAUUGCUCUCUUACGGUGUUGGGGAUGCCAGAACACCACUUGGUUUUAUUUUUCUAAGUGCAUGUGAUGUGAUAGAGUGUGUGGGGCUCUGUGUCCUUCCCUGGGAGCUGGCAUUCCAGCGGGCCCCUCUCUUCUUUACUUUUGUUGGGGGAAGGAGGCAAGAGAAAAAUUCCUUCUUCCCAGCCAGAGAGGGCAGAGGCAGACCGUAGCCCAUUGGCCUUAUGUGCGUGUGUGCGUGCGAGUGUGUCACUGCUGGUGGGCCGGAGUGAUGUGGUGGGAGGGAAGCCGGGAAUGUAUCCUUUUCAGAAAAAAUUAAAUAUUUUGAAAUGAGAA